GGGAGCGAGCUCAGCGGCUCCGCAGCCGCCCACGCCUCCUGCGCGCAGCGGCGCCGGAGCGGGCGGCUCUACUUAAGCGGCGCGCGGGCCGCGACCCGCCACUCGCCUGGAGCGCGCGGGCGAGCCGGGCGCAGCGCACCGGGGCUCUCGUGGGCGCACAGCUGCGCGCUCGCACAGCGCGGCUCUCGCUGGCUGCGGCCGCCUGAGUGCAGGGCUCCCGGGAUAAAAGCAGCUGCGGCUCCCGAUCGCGACCCCGCUCCCUGUCAUUGGCCCAUCCUGGCCACUUCUUUGGCCAUGGCUCUGGCGGACAGCACCCGAGGAUUACCCAACGGGGGUGGAGGCGGGGGUGGCAGCGGCUCGUCCUCCUCCUCGGCAGAGCCGCCGCUCUUCCCGGACAUCGUGGAGCUGAACGUGGGGGGCCAGGUGUAUGUGACCCGGCGCUGCACCGUGGUCUCGGUCCCCGACUCGCUGCUCUGGCGUUUGUUCACGCAGCAGCAGCCGCAGGAGCUGGCCCGGGACAGCAAAGGCCGCUUCUUUCUGGAUCGGGACGGCUUCCUCUUCCGCUACAUCCUGGAUUACCUGCGGGACUUGCAGCUCGUGCUGCCUGACUACUUCCCCGAGCGCAGCCGGCUGCAGCGCGAGGCCGAGUACUUCGAGCUGCCGGAGCUCGUGCGUCGCCUCGGGGCGCCCCAGCAGCCGGGUCCCGGGCCACCGCACUCGCGCCGCGGGGUUCUCAAGGAUGGCUCGCUGGGCGACGAGCUGCAGCCGCUGGGCUACUCGGAGACCGAGCCGCACGAGGGCGCCUCGGCCGGGGCUCCUUCGCCUACGCUGGAGCUGGCUAGCCGCAGCCCGUCCGGGGGCGCGGCGGGCCCCCUGCUCACGCCGUCCCAGUCUUUGGACGGCAGCCGGCGCUCCGGCUACAUCACCAUCGGUUACCGCGGCUCCUACACCAUCGGGCGCGACGCCCAGGCGGACGCCAAGUUCCGGCGGGUGGCGCGCAUCACGGUGUGCGGCAAGACGUCGCUGGCCAAGGAGGUGUUUGGGGACACCCUGAAUGAAAGCCGGGACCCGGACCGGCCUCCGGAGCGCUACACCUCGCGCUAUUACCUCAAGUUCAACUUCCUAGAGCAGGCCUUCGAUAAGCUGUCCGAGUCGGGCUUCCACAUGGUGGCGUGCAGCUCCACUGGCACCUGCGCCUUUGCUAGCAGCACCGACCAGAGCGAGGACAAGAUCUGGACCAGCUACACCGAGUACGUCUUCUGCAGGGAGUGAGCUCCCCAGACCCCUUGCCAUUCCUGCGCCCGCUUCCUUCCUCCACAGGGGACCACAGGGUUAUAAAUGCCCUAGCCCCCUUCCCCUCCUUUCUUCAGCUCCCCACCCUGGCCACCCCUGCCCCGAAUAGCUCAUCCAGACCCGUCAGCUCCCCACUUGAGAAUCUGCAGUCACAAAUCCUCUGGCCUUCUUCGUCUUCUUUGGACCCCGCUGACCAAGAGUGCUCCAUUCACCUAUGUGUCCUCUACUCCUGGCCUCCAACCACCCUUCCCCCAGAUUGUAUUUGAGUCGAGAUCUAGUGGGGGGCAGUGCGGGCGCAAAGUCACCAAGUACCUGGAAAGGACUGAAUUGUUCAGAACUGGAUUGGACAGUGUCAGCGUGCAGUGCGGAAGAGGCUUUGAAAUCUAGAGUCCUUUGACUCGAUAGAGGUUUCAGAGCUCAGAACUGAGAGCGCUGUGUAGACAGAUAGUGUUGAAAAGGUUAUUACAGACUUGAUCCUCAUUAGGAAGAUAAAGUUUUAGACGAUUGAGUGGAAGACUGUACUGGAAUUAAGACCCCAUGGAGGCAGUUCAGAGAUUGUAAAUAAAGUAAUUUUUUUUUAAAGUUACAGGUAGAAAAAAGUAAAUCCUAGAACUGGUAACUGGAGAGGAUUCUAUUUCCCCACACACAAUAGUUCUCCUGUGGCUUAAAGUUGUAGAAAGCGAUCUUCCUGCCUGCGGAGGCGCCCUUUCUCGCCAGCUGUUUGCUGGAGCUUUUAAGUUUUAUUGGUUAAGGCUGCACUUGUAGGCAAGGAGCAGGGAGCAGGAGGCAAGGCUGCCCAGGCCCCCAGCGCUGCAGGAGCCACCUGGCAGUAGUAGCAGAGCCCUUAGGACUAGUGAGAGGGUUGGGGGAGGGAGGAUGGAGGGGAGGAAGGGCGGGGAGGGGGGCGAGGACAUACUCAUUUAUUAUUUGAAAGUUGGAAGUUUGUACCAUCCUUUUGAGUACAUGCACAUUUUAAAAAAGAUAUCAAAUAGUAUGUGUAAACUUAGAGUUAAUCAAGAUUAGUAAAAGGCCCACUUUCAGCUGGAAGUUUAUCAAGCUCUUUUGAGUCCUACACUUUAAGUUGCUAAUACUUGUAUAACCUAACCAAAGAGUUACCUAGUAGAGUUUUAGUGGUUUGACCGUUUAUUUUCUUGUUGAUUAUAUUUCCUUAUUUUAUAGCCUCUUUACUUAAGCGAAGUAGGUUUGCUUUUAGCUACUUAGACUUAAGAUCUCUUAUUGUUGUUGUUGUUGUUUUUCUAAGCCCAGCAAGUGUGAACUGCUGGGCUGUUCGGAAACUCCGAGCCACGCCGUUUCUUUCGUGCGUUUGUUUGGCCUUUCAGUGGACUCUUUUCAUGUGACAGAGCUGAAGAUGAACGGAGGCACCCGGAGCCGUCCACCCGUAGAUAGCUGGAAAGGGAAAUGUUUGUAAACAAAGGCCACGAAGUACUUCAGUGCGAGCUGAACAAUAACGUGGUGAUUUAGGUAAAUGAAGCAGCAGCAGCAGGAGACCUUAUGCCUUUACGCUCACAUGGAAUGAAUCCCAGUGUGUGUCCUGUGUACACCAGAGCCCAAGGGAGUCGAAUCCAGCUGCUUCCUGCCGAGCGGCAUCCUUUGAAUUAUCUGUGAGAUGGAGAAGCCUUUGUGUGUGUGUUUGUUUCAUCAUCUUUCUCCGAAAUAUGUUCUUAAAGAUUUUGUAGGAGUCGUUUUAAGUGAUUCAAUUACUGCCAUUUCCCUGUCUUUUUAAACAUGAACCUUGUACUGUAUGUACUUCACUGUGUCCAUGGCAGGUGUUGUGAAUCGGGACAGUUUAUUCUCAGACUCAUGUGAUCCAAUCUGUAUAUACCAUAUAUAAGCAUUUUACACGAAUCAUUUAGUUUUUUAAUUCAUCUAAUGCUGUAAAAUUUACUAUAUUUACCCCUGGUAACUUGGAUUUGAUGGUGUAUAAGCAAAAGCAACAUGCUUUGGUGAGUUUCUUACAUCCUUGUCCAUGAACUUGGGUCAGGAAAACAUUCAUAACUGUGAGGCUGAGUUUGCUCCAUACAUUUUUGCUGGGUUGUUAGUUGUAUACUAAUCCUAUGUCAGUUAACGGUCUACCUGUAUCCAAGCUAUCCAUAUUUUUAAUCCAAUAAUGUUUUCAUUUUAAUUGGAAGAGAUUUAAGUAUUUUUUUUUUAAAGAAAAAGAGAAGUUAGCUUUCUGUAGAAAGUCUGCAGUUUUAAAGAGAGGCAGCAAGGAUCCAGGGAGUUGUGUUAACUUCAACGUUGAGCUCGUUUAGACAGUGGAUCAGAACCUUUGUUUCAAGCCUGAAAUAUCUCAGACUGUCACUCACCAGUCAAAAGUGAGUGUCAGAUUUCUCCAUGCCGUGGUACUCUGUUAGACUGCAUUAACAAAGAUGCAUGACUAAUAAAGCCUUUGGAACAGAUCAAAAUACGCUUGCAGAUGGCAGGAUGAAGUUCUGAUCCCCCUCGUCAAAUGUGCACAGCUUCGGGAGCCGUGAGAAAGUGCUGAAUUUUUGUCUGCACUCCAGUCUCAUGAAUCGGAUCUUGGAAAACUGUUCAGUUGUCCCCUUAACACAUAGGCAUCUUUUUUGUACUUUCCACCGCACCCUGGCUGGUCUGGGAAUUUCCUGUUAGGAAGAGUAAGUAGGUGGACCUCCUUCUCUGGAAGUGACUGUGCCCCCUACCGGUGAAACCAAGGCAUGAAAACUGUGAACUUUUUAGCCCAAAGUUAUUUCAGCAAGUAGUCACAUCAUCCUAUCGUAUCAUAGGAUGGCAGAGUCAGGGUCGCCUGACAUGGGCACUUUCCUCUGCCUGGGCUUUGGAAGAAACCUUUCAGGCUUACACAAUGUCCUUAAGUAUUGGUUAGCACCUGUGAAUUUGAUUAGAGUACUAAAUGGAACAAGGCUCUCAAGAAUAUCUUUGAAAUGACCUGGGGGAAUGUUGUAGACUAUUCAGAUAAUUAUGGCUGCAUUAAUCUAUCUCAGAGAGGCAAGCAUUUGCAUAUGUUGAUCAAAUUACCAUUCGAUGCUGAUAAGUAAUGGAAUGGCAUUAGAUUUAAUAACUGACUUUUAUAAAGAAGCCUUGGCAGUCAUUGUGGUUGGAAAAAAAUAAGUACCAUGUUCCAUGCUUGUGUAUCAGAUGCUUGACGUGUUGUUCGUUUUUUAAAAAUACAUGUGGAUUAUGAACUGCAUUAAUUCUAAAUUUUCAGAAUUGUAGAGGAAAAUAUUUCUUGAAGGUGUGAGAAAAAUUUCCUCUUUUAAUACUAUUUUUAUCUAGUGUUUCUUAUUUAGGUUUUUCAAUUAAUAGCAAAGUGAUAAUACUAGCCCAACUUGUCUUCUUUUUAAAAACAGAAUCAUAUAUAUAUAUAUAUUUUCAGUGUAUGUAUACCUGCUGCUUCUCUGAAAAUAUAUAUAUAUAUAAUGUGCAAAUAUUCAGAGGAAACUGCCAGCAUUACAACAGAUCCCAAUUUUUACUGUGGUUACCAUGGAAUGCUCCUAGUACAUCAGUCAUGUAUGACAAAGCUUUGAUAAUUUUUUUAACUCUUCAAAUUAUGGUAAAUUCCAAUCUAGUAUUCAAAUCAUUUUUGUACUCCUACAUGUAAAAUAAGCUAUAAUGCAGAUAGUUUGAAAAAAUAUUGAGUGAAGGAAGUGAAUUCCUUAAGGAUUUCUUUUACAGUCUUAGUUACGAGUACUGUAAGAUUGACAUAUUUUAAAAAUAGUAAACUUGGUAUUUUUAUUGUUAAACUCUUAGUCAAGAUUUUGCUUGCAGUUUUUAUUAUGUUUUUUCAUCACUACAAAUCAUUUAAACUUCUGGAUAUUCUGGAUGAUUGCAAUCCGUCUCUUGAGUAAUGAAUGAAAUGAAGUCUUCUUAUUCCCAGGGUCUACAGAACCUGCAGGAAGUCUUCAUAUAGACAUAAAUAAGUUAGCUUGUAGUCAACAUCUCUUUGUGACAGGUUUGGACAGUACACAUGUCUUGGUAUUAAUGUGUGAGGAUUUAGAUUCUUCUCUGGGCCCCAUUAAACAAAGCUGGAAGAACACCAGCAGAAGGUAAACAUCUGGAGUAUGGGAGGAGGAUGGACCAGUUGACCAAGAGUAUACUGCUGUAUGGUAGGAGCAUGGACCAGUUGACCAAGAGUACUUGCCACUUCAAGUAUUUUUCAGUUAUUUUCAAGCCAGUUUUGUUUAUUUCAAAUGCAUCUUGAAGUGUGUAGACAUUAAUUGUGAACUGUUACACACUAUCUCUGUGACUUUACAGCCAGGUAAACUUUGGUUUAACUCUUGGGCACAGAUGGUACGCAUUCUCCUUCUGCCACCGUUAGUAUCCAUUUGAUGACAAGGGAUUGAAACGUUCGUCAUGGCUAUGAAUUUUGAACAUGUAAAUUAAAUUUUUCUGGGCAUUUGCAAAAUUCCUGUUUGUAAUAAUUAUUUGGGUUCUGAAAUGUUGAACAUGUUAUUUGCUAAGCGAUACAUAUCUCCGAGCUGUUUCUUAAAAAUCUAGGGGGACGCGGAAAAGAUCACACUGUCAGACUUUUCUAAUGAAACAUAAACCCAAGAAUAAAGGCCCCUCUAUAUUAAGAAGAAAACAAAACACAUGGGUGAAAUCUUUUCAAAGGUGCUCAAACUUUGAAAUUGCUUUCAUCCAUCCAAAGGCUUCAUUUUGUUUUAUCUAUUCACAACCAGUUGUGUAACGGGAACACUCAAUACUGGUUUCCCUGCUGCGUGUGAAGUAAUGAAUCAUUGAUUAUGUGACUUGUUAUGUAUUCUAUUAAACACUAAAGAAUAAAGCAUUCACUCUUUUCAUUACC